UCGCCUGUGUACUGGUGUCCUAGCUAGCUGGCACAGCGUCCUUCGCCCCCGCCUCUCGCCUGAGUACUGGAGUCCUAGCUAGCUGGCACAGCGACCUUCGCCCCCGCAUCUCGCCUGUGUACUGGAGUCCUAGCUAGCUGGCACAGCGUCCUUCGCCCCCGCCUCGCGCCUGUGUACUGGAGUCCUAGCUAGCUAGCACAACGUCCUUCGCCCCCGCCUCGCGCCUAUGUAAUGGAUCCUGACACUCCUUCAGUCACCCUGUUGGAUCCUGACACUCUUUCAGUCACCUUGUUGGUUCCUGACACUCCUUCAGUCACCCUGUUGGUUCCUGACAACCCUUCAGUCACUCUGUUGGUUCAUGACACUGCUUCAGUCACCCUGUUGGCUCCUGACACCCCUUCAGUCACCAUGUUGGCUCCUGACACCCCUUCAGUCACCCUGCUGGAUACUGACACUCCUUCAGGCACCCUGUUGGUUCCUGACACUCCCUCAGUCACCCUGUUGGUUCCUGACAACCCUUCAGUCACUCUGUUGGUUCAUGACACUCCUCAGUCACUCUGUUGGUUCCUGACAACCCUUCAGUCACUCUGUUGGUUCCUGACAACCCUUCAGUCACUCUGUUGGUUCCUGACAACCCUUCAGUCACUCUGUUCGUUCCUGACAACCCUUCAGUCACCCUGUUGGUUCCUGACACUCCUUCAGUCACCCUGUUGGUUCCUGACAACCCUUCAGUCACUCUGUUGGUUCCUGACAACCCUUCAGUCACUCUGUUGGUUCCUGACAACCCUUCAGUCACCCUGUUGGUUCCUGACACCACUUCAGUCACUCUGUUGGUUCCUGACAACCCUUCAGUCACUCUGUUGGUUCCUGACACUCCUUCAGUCACUCUGUUGGUUCCUGACACUCCUUCAGUCACUCUGUUGGUUCCUGACAACCCUUCAGUCACUCUGUUGGUUCCUGACAACCCUUCAGUCACUCUGUUGGUUCCUGACACUCUUUCAGUCACUCUGUUGGUUCCUGACACCACUUCAGUCACUCUGUUGGUUCCUGACAACCCUUCAGUCACUCUGUUGGUUCCUGACAACCCUUCAGUCACUCUGUUGGUUCCUGACAACCCUUCAGUCACCCUGUUGGUUCCUGACAACCCUUCCCAGAUGGUGUUGCCAUCUCUACCUCCAUCGCUCUUCCACAUGCUUAGAGAGAGACACACACACUGAUCCUUAGUGAAGUGAUGGAGUGGCACCCCUUGGCGAAGACAGCGCAUAUGGGCACCAUGGUUACCUGCCUGUGUGUUGUACACACAUCUGAAACACACACACACACACCACCACCAUCUGACAGAGGAGAGGGGGACGUUAUGGGCAGCUGCAUGGCUUGCCACACACACUUCAUAAAGAACUGACUGCUGAUAGGCUUUUAAUUGAUGGAUUGGUUUGCUUUUCCACCAAUCGCCACACAGCCUUUAGGGGCUAAACAUAUAGCAUGCUUGUUGCUGUGUUUA